UGGGGUAUGUACAAUGGAUAUUUACUUACACUCUAUGGCAAGAGCACACCAAUAAAAGUCCAAGAUUUCGCUGGUGUAAACGUGAACUUCGUCAAUGUCCGCAAAUACGAUUUGAGUCUUUCACACUUUCUCUGGGAAUGCAAAAAAGGUUCAAGCGUAUUAGAUGCUCUUGGCACGUGGAGGUUCAAUGAAGAUGAAUUUUUGCGAAUUCAGAAAAUUAAUCUCGAUCGUCCAUUGCCAGAAUUGAAGCCAAACCCAGAACCUUUUGUGGAAUACAUCAAUAAUCUUAUCGACGAGACUAAGGUAAACAGUGUGUCAGAUGUGUGCGAGUUGUAUAUUUUACGGCUUCAUUUGAAGACAGCAUCCAGGCAGACCGGGACGGAUGGAGACCAAGCGGCAGCGCAUGAUGCGCUCGCGCAAGUGCUAUUCAUCCUCAAACCAAACCCGCAACCGUUUUUGGAGAACGAGCCAAGACAUUGCAAGUAG